AUGUCUCUCGCCAGACAAAGGUCGGUGUCAAACAGGUUGGAAACACCUCAGCUUGUUCUGCCAAAGGGCAAGGACGUGGCCAUGGACAGUCCCUUCGAGCCAUGUGCAGCUACCGCCUCCCACUUUCUCUUCUCCCAAGGCUCGACCAUCCUCGUCCUACACCACGAUACACUCGCUCUCGAACGGAGGUUCACGACCCACACAGAAGCAAUAGCACUUAUAUCGGUUGAUAAUGUUAGUGAGAGAGGUCAAGGCAGACUGGUUGUCACCUAUGAUAUAGGCAAGACUGCCAUAAUAUGGGACUUGUUUACUGGCGAGCAGUUGUCUAGGUUCGCGUCCUACGAACCACUGCUGGUAGCCUCGUGGAUGCGCAACGGUAAUAUUGCUUUCGGUAAUGAGAAAGGUGAGGUCAUAUUGUUCGAGCCUUCGACCAGCGAACACAUCUCAGCACGCACCAUCAACGACCCCAUCACAGCAUUGGCACCCUCGUCCGAUUGCAAGACCUAUGCUCUUGGCUUCCGCAAUGGAUCUAUUCUUUUGGCUGCUCUGCAACCACAAUUCACCAUCCUCCAUACACUCAAUACAUCUCGAUCGCCCUCGCCCAUUGCCAUGUUGAGCUGGCAUGCUUCCUCGUCGAAGCAGAAAUCCGACAUGCUAGCGAUUCAAAACUCCGAUGGUGAUCUAAGAGUCUGGAGUGUGCCCAAACCACCUACGGCGGGUCAGCCAAGGGUCAUCCGUGUCUUGAGGCGUGUCGAAACUGCUGUCCAGGGCCGUAAUUGGUGUUCUUGGUCGCGUAAUGGUCGCAUCAUUCAAUUUUCAGAAGGAGAAACAUGGGCCUGGGAUGUGAGAACUAAGGAUGUCAACUACUACCCAGUACCCACAAUAGAGUACGUGAACGGUAUUGCUGCUCAUGGCCCUACGGCAGCUCUCUUCACCCUGGGUCCAGAGUACACGGUGCAGCAGUACGAUGUAGACCAGGGUCAAAUGGUUGCAAAUAUUCGACACACGCCAAUCACCAUUCCACCUACUCCACCAGAAGACUAUAUCAAGCAGUUCCAUGCGAUGACGGAGCAAGAGCUAACAUCACCACUCCAAUCAUUGCGUUAUGAGGGCGAGAACCAGAAAAUGAGAAUCGAGAAUCCUGCAUCUCCUCACAGUCACUCAGUGUCCACGAGCUCUAGGAAAUCAAACAGCACAAAGCCCAACAUUCACGACCUCGUAUCUCCAGCCAAGACGGAGAGGACAGCUACUACUUUCUCACAAGGUGCCUACGCUUCCCACUACCAUCCCCAGAGUGCACAGCCAAUUUCGCCUGCAGUUGCUGGCCCAGCAAGAGCUUCACCUUCGCUGAAGAAAGGCUCGCGACUUCGGCAAGAGGUUGUGAUGAGUCCGAUGACGCCUGAAGAUGGUUUCGCUGGAGACUUGUUUCCUGUGGCUCGUCAAAGGCUUAGCCAGGUACAGCAGCCAAUGAAGCCGAUCAACGAGAGCAGUAUGACCCCAGAUGAUCUUCGAAAACACAUGCUAGCAUUAGUUUUCGGGUGGGAAGACGAUAUCUAUGCCCUCGUGGCGGAUGAGCGCUCCCAACAUCCUCCGGAGAGCCUAGCUGCAUUGUUCCUGACUAAAUGGCUUGAAGACGGUGCUGAAGCUGUGGCUGAGACAAUGAGCUCGACCGCAGCCGACCCUGGCCUUGAUUGGAUUCGUCUCGCCAUAGGGAUACUCGACAACAGGCCAGAGAGCAAAAAGAUUGGCCAGAUAUUCGUCGAGAAGAUGCUGAGCAAAGGGGAAGUCCAUGCUGCAGUGGUUACGCUUGUCGCUCUAGGUGAAAAGAACGAUGCUAUCGAGGUCUACGUCUCGAACAACUGGUAUCUGGAAGCCAUCUUAUUGACAUGCUUACUUAUGCCCCAGGAAUGGCAAAGGCAAGCUCACCUUGUGCGAAGAUGGGGCGAGCACGUAGUCGAGAACUCCCAGCAGCAGUUGGCAAUCAGAUGCUUCGCUGCUACGGGAGUCGAACCGGCUGAGGCUUGGGUCUCUCCAACUGCACAAUUCUACGGCAGAAUCAUAAGCCCUCAAAGUGCUAUUCUCUAUCAACCACCUAGUAUACCGCCGCAGAGCCAGCAGACUCAGCAGGCCCACCAACCUCAGCACGUUCCGCAACCCCAACAACUUUCUCAACAGCACUAUCAGCCACCCGAGCCAUCAAUACAGCUACAACCUCUGUCCGCCAUCAACCCUCACAUUUCUCGUAUCAAGGGACGGGGUUUCGAGGCUGCCACGCCUGUUGCACUCAUCGCGCCACCUACACCUUUCAGGACUGCGGCCGCUAAGGGCACUCGCAUAACCCCUCAGACUGGCGGUCUCAAGCUAAUCACCUCAUUUAACAACAGACCUAACCACUUCAAAUUUCCUGGCCUGAAGACGGAUGAUAUGACACCCACGAAUGCGGCAAACAUUACCCCAAUUGCCGAGUCCGCACUCGAUCGAUCUGCUCUUUCUCCUGGUGGUGUCGGCUCCUACAAGCUCAAUAAUAUACAAAGUCUAAAUAACGCGAUCGCUUCGACUUCAGGUCUAUCAAGAGCUCGUCUUCCUAGCAUCGGGGAGACACCACUUGAGAGCGAAGAGACACCAGUAUUCCCCAGUCGACACACUCCACAUGGACCUCUAACUCCUGCCGACUCUAGCUCUGACAAAGAGAAAGAAAAACGUUUGGCCGCCCGUGUUGAACCCGAGAAGCAGGAACCGCGCCAGGAAAAGCAAGAGCCUUCGCUGACUCUGUUGACAUCUGCAAGGUACGAACCUAGCUCUACUCCCACGCAAAGCAAUAACCAAGACUUUGAGCCACAGACUGCUUUGAGGCCGUCGUCACAAUCUACAUGGCAAAGUUCUUUGGAUAGAGUUCGAGAAGAGUCGCAUACUAGAAAUGGGUCUCGUGGUAGGAAGCCCGAUGGAUUGUCAAUACAAAUGCUGAGUUCGUCCGAACCUAUCCCACGUCCGAGCACUACAGAGUCGACGAAUACAAACUUCGCGUUGAGUCCUCUUGGUACAGGCGAUAGUCUUCGCAUGAAGAGUCCUAGCGUGAGUGGUCGAAGCAUUGACCAAUACAUCAGCAGUCUUGAUCAAGCUCAAUAUUACGGCAAAGCCCGUUCAAGAAACUCAAGUCGAGCUCCAAAGGAAGAGAAAAGCGAGCGCAAGAAGAGUAAACAUCGCAAGCAAAAGCAUUCGGAAGAUGCUCAUGGUCGUGAAGUGGCAAAUGGAAAGAGAUCGCCAUCAUCACCUGUGCCUAUGUCUCCGGAAGACGUUCAGGACAUGCGACAUUAUACUAACAGUAUGGAAAGUCUUAAUUCACUGUACGACUAUCGCGACGUUGUGGCAAAGUCAGGUAAACAUGGACGGAGAACAUCAGCUUCUACUAAUGGGACGGGCAAGGUCAGACAUAGGUCAAGAUCAGCUCAGGCCAAAUUCAGGGCAAUGACAAAGGAGCCGGAGGCGGAAGAGACACUGUUGAGCCGACGAGGACGCAGCAGAUCACGGAAGGAAAAUUCCGAGUCUCGAUCGCCAUCUUCACCUCUGCCCAUGUUAGCUUCUGAGGAGGAGAAUAGUAGCGACCCUGCUUUCAGAUUCGUGUCACAGAACAGAUCAAGGCUGCAAAGGAGCACAAGCCGACGUCCUGAGAGAGGUACAAGUGCAAGAAGAGACGCUUCUCCUGAUCGAAGAAGAGGUCGUCCAAGAUCACCAAGCCGCCAGCGUGACUAUGAAACGCGGACAGGUCAAAGCAGCACCCAAAUUCCAGACGACAUUCGCGAUUCCGACGAGCUUAGCCGAGCCACCAUUGAAAAGCUGAAUGCCAUGACCCAAAGUAUGAGAGGUAGUCCAGGCUUUAGGAGCAGGACGAGGGAGCUUGCACAAGCUGAACUUGAAGCACGACGAUUGUCAUUGGCUCGACGUCCAGCCGCACCUACUAUUCCGCUUCCUGGUCAUGUCAAUGCUCAUUCGAAGUCAUCCUCCGACGGGUUUGCUGCUGUCGCGCCACCCCUCAAUCGGAACUAUACUGACAGCGUCCUGCGAUCGGCUACACGAACUGCAUCUCGCCAAGAGCAGCAAGGACGACCAGGCACUCCUCAGGCAAUGCAUGCUCCAUUGGAGGAACUUCAGCAUGAGACCAGUGAGAGCUUCCAGUUACCGGCCAGAACAUACAGCGCAAAUGCGAUACGUGAGAAUGUCGAGGCUUGGAGAGCUAAUGCAGUGCCAGAGAAUAUGCCACGACAUCCGGCCUUUAAUCAUCAGGUCAAGAGCCGUGGAAACAGCCGAAGCAGAACUCGGGCAGAAUCGAGUAACAGACAGAGGAACUUGUCAAGAGAAGAGAAUAUGAUCCUGGCUGAGGAUGUACAGCCUUUGAUAGUAGGCUAUUCCGACGAGUCCGAGACUGCAGAGCACAGAGUCUCCAUCGGGCCCACAGUUAUUCCAGAGCUCCAGCAUCUUGCUGUUCCUCCACCUCCGCCACCUCCUCCAGCACCACCUCGAGAUUUGCGCAUUCAGACCGAUUUGUCCAAUAUCGCAGCUAUCCCUCUUCCUAGGUCAGCUUACCCUACAAAUGCCGAGCUUUCGAGCGCGACACCGGACAAGCCACAUAGACGUGUACCCAGCCGUAACGGGGAAGGCGGCCAACUAAUGGGCAAGAUUCGUGGCAUGAUUCGAAGCAGCAGUAAACCUCGCGACAACUUCUCUCGAAGUCCAAACGCGGACGAUGGGAUCAUGAGUCCUUACGAGACGGUUACGAUGAUGCCGCCUCCUCUCUCCACCAUGAACGGUGGAAGGUGA